CGUCUUCUCUAAUCGCCGGAGACAUCGACGCUAUGCCGGAAUCAGAGCUUAAUCUGAUGUCGCUACGCCGGAAGGCUCAUCCCUCUAGCUUCUCACCCUCUUUAUCGGACUCUUUUCCUCGCCGAUCCAGUUCAGACGACGACGAAACAGAUGCAACAAUUGGGUUAGAGAAUAAGCGAUUUCAAGGCCAAUCGACAAGGAGACCACCUUUCUUUGAUGGUUCUAACUACUUGUAUUGGAAGACGAGGAUGGAGCUAUUUAUUCAAGCCAACGAUUACGAAGUAUGGAGAGUUAUCACCCAUGGACCAAACAUUACAAUGAAGAAAGAAAAGGGAUCAAAUGUGCCAAAGGAUGAAGAUGAAUGGGAUGCAAAUGAGAUCAAGAUGAUGCAACUAAAUUACAAGGCAAUGCACAUUUUAUAUUGUGCUCUUGGACCUCAAGAAUAUAGUAGGAUGUAUUUGUGUGAUAAUGCAAAGGAGAUGUCGCGAAAGAUGUUGAAUAGCCUUCCAACUUCAUGGAGAACAAAGGUGACGGUAGUAGAAGAAUGUCACGACCUCAACAAGUUAUCUCUCGAUGAACUCAUUGGAUCCUUGCUCAGUUAUGAGAUGAGACUAAAUUACGAGAAAAUGUUAAGGAAACUACAAAGAUCGUCGGGAAGUUAG